AGAUGUAGGUAUGACAAUUCUCUCAGACUCCAGCCUACACGCGCUCCGCAGAAGUUUGGUGGUUACGUUUUCUUGAGUGUCGAAUCUGUACCGAUGGAAUGGGGCAGAUAGAUGCUCACGCGGCGGAGUUUUAACUAUAACUGAGGAAUUUGUAUCUUUUGCCAACUUUGUCACCUCUAGACAAUAACUUUUAUUUUUCAGGAUUUUUUUAAAAUUGUUGUGGACUUUUUGGAGUUCCCAAAGAGUUUAUACAAAGUUCCCUACGACUUUUUGGAUUAUAAAAUUUUAGAAAGGAAUUUACCAUUUAGACUACAUUUAUAGCCUACUCGUUAUUAAUAUUCCGCUAACUCUUUUGUGUAGAACAAAAUUAUUAGAAAACAGCUGAACACGAAUGAGACUUCGAAUGAGCGCAACUUGGGAUCGAUUUUCUUGAAGAGUUGGCCAACAUCGAAAAACUUUAAUUACCCAGUUUAUCCAUGUGAAUUGUAACAUACUAUAUUAACGUGUUAUUGUUUUAUUAAGACCUGUUAAUUUGAGGGAUUUGUCCUCACAGAAUAUUGAACUUUUUGGCCAUUGAUUUGUUAGUUCUAAGACUGUGUAUCGGCUCAGUGGAUAUCAUGGGACCGACUGAACAAGAAAAGAAGACGGGGAAUCAUUGGGCAAUUUGGACUCUAAUGUUCGGGUUGUUCCUGUGUUUUUCUCCUGUGGACGGGUGCCCACAUAAGUGCAGUUGUUCUGGUUCACAUGUGGAUUGCCAAGGUCAAGGCUUUAGGACCGUGCCAAAAGGAAUACCAAGAAAUGCCGAGCGUUUGGACUUGGACCGGAACAACAUCACCAGGAUUACUAAAGUGGACUUUUCAGGCCUGAAGAACCUGCGUGUUCUGCAUUUGGAGGACAACCAGAUCAGUGUGAUAGAGAGAGGAGCUUUCCAGGACAUCGAAAAACUGGAGAGAUUGCGCCUGAACAGGAACAAGCUGCAGGUUCUACCAGAACUGCUCUUCCAGACGACAUCCAAACUGGGCCGACUAGACCUGAGUGAGAACCAGAUUCAGGCGGUUCCACGCAAGGCUUUUCGCGGGAUCACUACUGUCAAAAACCUGCAGCUGGACAGCAACCACAUCAGCUGCAUCGAAGAUGGAGCCUUCCGAGCCCUCCGUGAUCUGGAGAUACUUACCCUCAACAACAACAAUAUCACACUCAUCCCUCUCUCCAGCUUCAACCACAUGCCCAAGCUGCGGACACUUCGUCUGCACUCUAACAACCUGCACUGCGACUGCCACUUGGCCUGGCUCUCUGAUUGGCUACGACAGAGGCGGGGCUUGGCGCCCUUCACCCAAUGCAUGGCUCCCGCCAACAUGAGGGGCCUCAACGUUCCUGAUGCCCAGAAGAAGGAGUUCACCUGCACAGGCCCGGCCCAGGGGGAGCCUCGUUCCUGUGUACCCCAGGCGUCCGUCUGCCCCCCCACCUGCACGUGCAACAACAACAUUGUGGACUGUCGCCGCAAGGGCCUGACUGAGAUCCCUGCCAACCUGCCAGAGGGGAUCGUAGAGAUCCGCCUGGAGCAGAACCUCAUCAAGAGUGUUCCUGCCGGGGCCUUCUCCCCCUACAAGAAGCUCAAGAGGAUUGACUUGAGCAAGAAUCAGAUCUCAGAUAUCGCUGCAGAUGCCUUCAGCGGCCUGCGCUCCCUCACCUCACUAGUGCUCUAUGGAAACAAGAUAGCAGAGAUUCCUAAAGGACUCUUUGAUGGCCUAUCAUCUUUGCAGCUCCUGCUGCUAAACGCUAACAAGAUCAACUGUUUGAGAGUGAACACCUUCCAGGAUCUUCACAACCUCAACCUGCUGUCUCUGUAUGACAACAAGCUCCAGACCAUCAGCAAAGGCCUCUUUGCACCGCUACGUGCUGUCAAGACUCUACACUUGGCCCAGAACCCGUUCAUGUGUGACUGUCAUCUUAAGUGGCUGGCUGACUACCUGUUUGACAACCCUAUCGAGACGAGCGGGGCUCGCUGCAGCCACCCCCGACGCCUCGCCAACAAGCGCAUCAGCCAGGUCAAGGCCAAGAAGUUCCGCUGCACAGGUACGGAGGACUACCGCAGCCGUCUGAGCGGGGACUGCUUCCAGGACCUGGUGUGUCCUGAACGCUGCCGCUGUGAAGGCACAGUGGUCGACUGCUCCAACCUCAAACUGACGCGCGUCCCCUCCAACCUGCCCGAACACACCACCGACCUGCGCCUGAAUGAUAAUGAGAUCGUCUCCCUGGAAGCCGCGGGGAUGUUUAAAAAGCUGCCCAACCUGAAGAAGAUUAACCUUAGCAACAACAAGCUGCGGGACAUCCGCGAGGGGGCAUUCGACGGGGCGGGGGGCGUCUUGGAGCUGCUCCUGACGGGAAACAAGCUACAGGGUAUCCAAGGACGCAUGUUCAAGGGACUGACCGGACUCAAGACCCUGAUGCUCAGGAGUAACCAGGUUGGCUGUGUGGACAACACCACCUUCACUGGUCUGAGUUCUGUCCGUCUGCUGUCCCUGUACGACAACCGCAUCACCACCAUCGCACCUGGUGCCUUCUCCACUCUGCACUCUCUCUCCACCAUUAACCUGCUGUCCAACCCUUACGUGUGUGACUGCCACCUGGCCUGGCUGGGCCUCUGGCUGAAGAAGACCAGGGUGGUGAGUGGGAACCCUCGCUGCCAGAAGCCCGGCUUCCUCAAGGAGAUCCCCAUCCAGGAUGUGGCUACGCCUGACUUUACCUGCGACGGAACAGAGGAGAAUGUCUGCCUGCCCCUGUCUCACUGCCCGGAGGGAUGCACGUGCUCCGAGACAGUGGUGCGCUGCAGUAACAGAGGGCUGCGUACUCUGCCCAAGGGUAUCCCCAAGGAUACCACGGAGCUAUACCUGGAAGGUAACCUCUUGACCACUGUCCCCAAAGAACUGUCCUCUCUCAAACAACUGUCUCUCAUGGACCUGAGCAACAACAGCAUCAGCUCAGUGGCUGCUCUCACCUUCUCCAACAUGACUCAGCUCGCUACGCUGAUACUGAGCUACAACCAGAUUCGUUGCAUUCCCGUCCACGCCUUCGACGGCCUCAAGUCCCUCCGACUGCUGACGCUCCACGGAAACGACCUUUCAACCAUACCAGAAGGAGCCUUCAACCAUCUGACAUCUCUGUCUCAUCUUGCCCUGGGGGCCAACCCUCUGUACUGCAACUGUGACCUGCGCUGGCUCUCCCAGUGGGUGAAGGCGGGCUUCAAAGAGCCUGGCAUCGCCCGCUGCACCGGACCCCCCGACAUGGCCGACCGUCUCCUCCUCACCACCCCCCUCAACCGCUUCCAGUGCAAGGGUCCAGUAGAUAUUAACCUGAUGUCCAAGUGUGCCCCCUGCUUGGCUGGUCCUUGUCAGAACAAUGGGACCUGUGUCAGUGAUGUGAUGGGCUCCUACCACUGCACCUGCCCCUUUGGUUACAAGGGUCAGAACUGUGAAGGGACCACUAACGCCUGCAUCAGCCUACCCUGCACCAACGGAGGCACAUGCCACCUCAAGCCUGAACAGGACACUUUCAGUUGUGUGUGUCCUCCUGGGUUCGAGGGAGAGCGGUGUGACAUCAACCCAGACGACUGUGAGGAUAAUGACUGUGAGAACAACUCUACCUGCGUGGACGGCAUCAACAACUACACCUGCAUCUGCCCACCCAACUACACUGGUGACCUAUGCGAGGAGGUGGUUGACGCCUGCCUGUCUGGAUUUGACCCUUGCCAGCACGACUCCAAAUGCAUGCCCGUCACCAGGGGUUACAGGUGUGAGUGCCUUCCUGGCUACGUGGGACAGCAGUGUGAGUUGGACUACAAUGACUGUCUGGAAAACAAGUGUCAGCACAGGGCGGAGUGCGUGGACGCGGUCAACGGCUACACGUGCGUGUGUCUGGAAGGCUUCAGCGGUCUGUUCUGCGAGAACCCGCCCCCUAUGAUCCUGCUCCAGACCAGCCCGUGCGACCAGGCCGAGUGUCAGAACGGGGCUCAGUGUCUGGUGCUGGAGGGGGAGCCUGUGUGUCGCUGUCUGCCUGGCUUCUUCGGCAAACACUGCCACAAGAUGGUGACCAUCCAGUUCCUGGGCAAGGACUCCUACGUGGAGUUGCCCAGUGACAAACUACGCCCCCUGACACACAUCUCCCUCCAGGUGGCUACAGAUAAGGACAACGGUAUUCUUCUCUACAAGGAGGAUCGGGACCCUUUAGCUCUGGAGUUAUACCAAGGACACAUACGCCUGAUCUAUGACAUCGGCAACUACCCCCCCACCACCGUCUACAGUGUGGAGUCAGUGAAUGACGGCCUAUUCCAUACGGUGGAGCUGCUAAUCCAGAACCACUCUCUAAGUCUGGUGGUGGACAACGGCGCCCCCAAGAGUCUGGGCAAGCUACUGCGCCAGCCCUCCAUGGACCACAACACACAGCUCUACAUUGGAGGCGUGCCCUCCCAGGUCGUGGCGUCUGUCCUGCGCCCCAGCCCGGAGCGAAACCCACCCCUGUUCAACGGCUGCAUCCACAACGUCCGCAUCAACAGUGACCUCCAAGACCUGGGCGGGGUGGCGGGCCCCCGGGGGGCACAGGGGGCCCUGCCAGGGUGCCACUCCUGCAGCGUGUGUGCCCAGGGGGCCUGUCGGCAGGAGGGGGAGACAGGCGUCACCUGCGAGUGUCCCCCCGGGCGCACGGGAGUGCUGUGUGACCAGACGACCGCCCCCAGUCCCUGUCAGACCAGCAGAUGUGUGCAUGGUUUGUGUGUUCCCAAGGACUCAUCCUACAGCUGCCAGUGUGCAGAGGGCUACUCUGGCCUGUACUGUGACAAGAGAGAAGAACCUCCAGCCUGCAGGGGGCACCACUGUGGCCAUGGGGAGUGUAGGAUGGCAGAGGGUGGGGAACCUGUGUGUUUCUGCCAGCCUGGCUACACUGGUCCUACUUGCGACGCAGAGCUAACCUGUCAGGGCGAAGCGGUGCGAGAGGUCCUGAAGCGCCACCAUCCGAUGAAGACCUGCACUUCCACUACCAAGGUGCCCCGGGUGGAGUGCCCCCGUUCCUGCCAUGAGGGACUGUGCUGCGGCCCUUCCAAAAGCCGCCGGCGGAAAGUCUCCUUCCGUUGUACGGACGGCUCCACCUACUCUGAGGAGAUGGAGACCACCAUGGAGUGUAGCUGCGCCAAAUGUCCGUUGUAACACUGACGCUGCCGCCACGUUGAGCACCGUGUCAGUCACCCAUCACUGCAGAGAAAAAACCCCACCCCAUUUCACAAACGCGAAAGUUUCAACAACAAAAAAAAGGGACGUGUCUUCUGUCGCUGCUCUGAGAGCGAGGGAAAAGAAAAUAUAUUGUAAAAUAAAAAACAUAGAACUUAUUUUUAUUAUGGCAUUUGUUUUUGUUUUUAAGAAAAUUAAAAUAAAGAGAAGUGUUAUGUUUUUAUAAAAUGGUGAAGUAUAAUGUUUCAUAUGAGAAGUUAUUUUGUACCGUUAAAGAAAACACAUGAAAAACAGAUGCUAACGUUGCUUAAAGUAUAUGGAAUCUAUGUAUAAAUAUAAAUGUAUACCCUAACCCAUAGAGUUACCGUAUUUACUAGCGUAUUGCAUGUGUGGAGGCAAAGGGAGAGAGAUGGUAAUGAAAGGACACUGAUGCACAGUGGGCAAUUGCAAAGAUGCGAGGAAGAGCCUGUUGCUGCAAAUUACCAGAGGACAUAAAGAAAGAUGGCAGUCUUUGUUCUCAUCGUACAGAAGCUUAAAGAAUUCUACCACCACGAUGCUAAGAGGAAAGCCAGCUUUUACAAUGGACCUCAACUUUACCUGACAGCUACCUACUAGUGGAUACAAACUCUUGUCCCUGAAACUCCUAAACGACUGUUGUCUAUAAUGUGCCAUAGGAUAUGCCUUCAUAAUGUUAGCCGUUUAAUUCGCUGUUGUGCACCAGCGAUUUCAAGAUAGCUGUCACAAAUAUCCUCAAGUAGGCAACCAUCUGUGGGUCGACAAAAAAAAAUCUGUAGCACAUUUGUAAUAGCGAGUCUCGCCUAUGCGGUUUCUCCUUCAGUAUUACCGGUAUCUGUUCAAAGACAAGAAAUUCAUUAAGCUUUACAGAUGGAAUUGUGAAAUGUGCGUGCAAUAUGCAAUGCAUUUCUAUUUGAAGGGUCGGUGACUUUUCACUGUCUUGGAUGAAUCCCAGCAGGAUGACUGUUUUUAGACCACAUGGCCAGGAGGGGGAGCCAUAUUUGGACUCAUCCGUUAUACCCGUCCUACUAACACUAUUAAUUCAGUAGCCUAGAUGAAGACCAGAAGUUCUGUAUAACAAGAAGUGAGGAUUCUUGUCAGCAGAUUCCUAACUUUGUAAUGUGUAAGGUAAUUGUAUUGAUCUGGAUGAAUCUCCCGCCUAAAACACUAAUGGAUUGCGUCUGCCAUGCCCAGACUCUACACAGCAUCAAUCAUAAUGCCUUGCAAUCCAAUUUAUGAGUAUUACGUUAGUUGUAUUAGAUGUUACAACAGACAUGGAGCUUUUCUAAAUAAUGAGUUUGCGUGUGAUGAUAAAUACUUAUGUUGAAUGUUGAAAUUAAACUACCAUGAAACUA